AUGAUUAGCUUAUUUAAGAUUGCAAACGCUAUUGCGUGUACUAUAUAUCCUGUAUUUGCCUCUUAUAAAUCAUUUGAGGAGUAUUCGAAAGUUGUUAGCAGGAUGGGUGCCUCAAACAUCAGUAUCGCAGGAUUUAAUGUUCCAAUUCAAGCUUUACUCAAGAGGGCCACCGGUGAUAAUACGGAACAACUUGGAAAGGACGAAGAGCUCUUACAGACACAUUUGUUGACUAUCCAAAAGUGGCUUAUAUAUUGGAUGGUAACAGCGUCUUGCAGUGUUGUUGAAUCGGUGUUGUUUUUAAGGUAUAUCGUUCCAUUCUACUCUUUUUUUAAAUUUUUGUUUUCAUUGUGGUUGAUUUCACCCAUGUUUAGCACAAGCACCAAAGUUUCAGGUAUUUCUGAAAUAAAUCGUGAGAAAGAGUGGGCAUAUUUUACAGAUAAUGGUGCUGGUUUUGUUUACUAUAAGUUUAUCAAGCCAUGGCUUGAUGGAGAGCUAAACGUGUUGUCGAAAUUGCCUUUCGAACCCCAGAAGGUCUUUAACAGUUGUGUCGAUCGUAUUGGUUUUUCAAAUGCGUUAAAAAUGAUGGGCUUUAUGUCUGCCGACCAGUCCGAAGAGGGUCAAACUGCUAAUGAUGGUAUAAUUUAUACAUUGAGAUCAUAUUUAUUUGAUAUGAAUGGAAUUACUAGAGGCUCGACUUCCACCGCCACUACUGCGACAGAAGCAUCUUCCUAUAAAGAUGUUGUUGAAGAGUACGAUUUAGUAGAUAAGCCAAUAGUGAAAGAUGGUGUAACACAGAGAAAGACAGGUUCUUCAGAAGAAACGGUAAAGAAAGGUUGGUUAUGGUAA